UGGUAAAAAAUGGUCAUCAUUAAUAAAUAUUAUCAUUUUACACUUAUCAGAACAAUCAAAAAUGUUCUUAGAAAAUGAAAAUGUCAUUAUAUUUGAUCGAAGUCAAAGACUUUCAUUUAAUUAUGUUAGUUUUUGCAAAUAUAUUAUUGAUCUUAAAUUAGAAACUCGUUAUAGAUUUCAUCAUAAGCCAGAAUUAUUGGAUCAAGAACUUCUUAAACUUUUUAUUAGUGAAUGUACAUCUAUUAAACAUUUAGAUAUAUGUUCAUUAGAUUAUCCAAUUCAUGAUUUUCCAGGAGCAAAUAAUUGUUUUUCAAACCUACGAGAAUUGAUUUGUACAACAAAACAAUCUGCAUCUCAUUUAUAUGGAUUGGGUCAAAUAUGCAGAUUAAUAGAAAUAAUUAAUAUAGAUUUAACAUGUGCCAAUUCUGGACUUGCAGAAUUAAUUAAGAUGCAAAAACAAAUUAAACAUGUAAUCUUAAAUAUUAAAUAUGAGUGUGAAAUGAUUAUUCACGCUUUAGAAAAACAUAUUCAUUCAAUAUUACAUAUAAGAUUAUGUAAGUUUAAUGAUAGUUUUUCUCCCAUAUACGUUCUUUUUCCAAAACUAGUUAAUUUACAAUCCUUUGAGUUUAAUUACGUUAAUUGCCAAACAUUAGAGAAAUAUUUGAUGAGUGGAUUUUAUUUUAACCUUCAAGUACUUGACUUACAUCAUGUAUCACUCUUAAUAGCUAAAAAUAUUAUACAAAAUACUGAUAAUAAACUUUGGAAAAUUAAAAUCAGGGCAAUUGAUUAUGACCAUUCAAUAGAAUAUAAUCAGGCGAUAUGUAAUUGCUGUCCAAAUAUAAAAUAUGUUACUGUAUUCUUAAAUAAUAAUCUGGAUGACUUAAAGAAUUUGUUAGUCAAUUGUCAACGCUUGGAGGCAUUAGAUGUAAUUGUACAAGAAAAAGAAGAUAAUUUUUUGGAUUUAUUGGUUAAAUUGGCUCCAGUAAGUUUAUACAAGAUUCAUAUUAAUAGGGAAUGCUUUACUAUUGAAUCAAUUAAUUCAUUUUUUAGUAAUUGGGGGGACAGGAAAACUUUACAUUUAUAUGAUCAUAACAGUAAUUGGCGUAGAUUUGUUAAAAGUAAUGAGACAGAAGGAGUUAUUGGACAUGAAUAUUGUUAUGGUUUCUGGGAUUAUGAGUAAAUAAGUCUAUUAAAUUAUCAAAGGAUAAAAUUUCAUAUUUAGUAAUAGUAGUUAUUAAAUAAUUUUCAGUCAGGUAUAUAAUUAUAGAUUAUGAUUAUUUAAACUUGUCUAUUAAUAUGAGAUUUAGCCAUUUAAUUUGGUGUGGUAGUAGUAGAUUCUUCUUAUUAAAGCAUCAGUAUAAUACAUAUUUACAUACUAAACAUGCAAAUAUCAUUUA